AUGUCCAACAUCAACAUCACCAACGAACGAGAAUCCUACCAAGCCGUCUUCGCCCUCGAUGUCAUCACAGCGGCUGGCGCCCUGAUCUUCCUUGGUCUGGCUUCGAAACCUACCUUCCAGCGUAUCAAACAGCGCCGCUUCACCGCACCAGGCAAGAACAGCGCACGCGAUGGCCCGCUAAAGACAACCCUCGGAACAUACCUUUUCCUCUGGCCAGCGCUUCUCUGUCUCUUCGUCGCGUACCUAUGUCGCUUUAUAUCCGAUGUCCUGAAGACGAGCGGAACGAUCGACUACGAUGCGGACCUAGGAUGGAACGGGCGUCGCGGUUACACUCUCACAGACAGUGACUACGCGUCUAGCAUCUCAGCGCUUACUUUCGCCACAACGCUCGCGACUGUCUUCUUCACCGUGCUGCUCAACGGCGGUGUCUGGAUCCAUUCUAGUCAUGUCCAAGAGAACGGUACGGGUAUCUCGACGCCAAAGACUAUGUCGCGGAUCUGGAACACGUUCAUCAUGGUUGCCAUGUUAGGUACCGGUGUUGCAGCGUGGGGUCUGGGUUUGGAGGCACGAGACAUCAGUACCGGUAGCUCAGGCCCGGAUGCGCUCUUGUCUUGGUCGAACGUCAUGCAGCAUGACCGUGCGACGAGGAUCACCUACAUCGUGCACGAAGCUAUCGUUGUCGCAGCCAGUCUGAGUGUUUCCAUUGAAGUCUGGAGGGAGUAUGGUACCACGAACAAGAAUGCUCAUGGUUCACCUGAACGCAACGACCUCGCUCGUUUCGCUUUCACCGUCGUACCUCUCAUCUGGCUCCGCGAUAUCUUCAUCAUCUACGAUAUCAUCCUCCUCUACGUCGACACCUCCGGAUGGUCGGACAGUUCCGUCUUGGCUACGACCUUCCUGCUCGUCAUCUGCAGGCAGUUUGCCAACCUAGCGAUCUUGGGUAUGGUGCUUUGGGGUGCUUGGCGAAUGGGCCGCAGUGUCAGUAUGUUUGGUGGAAGCUAUGCUUGA